CUGCCCGCGCGCCUGUCUCCUUCCCGCUCUCCCCGGAGAAACAUGGCCGGGAGCCGUGAGGAGGCGCCAGACUCCGGGCGAGGCGUCGUGAUUAUGGACGACUGGCCAGGGUUCGACCUGAAUUUGUUCACGUACCCACAGCACUAUUACGGAGAUUUGGACUAUGUCCUCAUCCCUCACGGCAUCAUCGUGGACAGAAUUGAACGGCUGGCUAAGGAUAUUAUGAAAGACAUAGGAUACUGUGACAUUAUGGUCCUGUGUGUACUUAAAGGAGGCUACAAGUUCUGUGCAGAUCUGGUAGAACACCUUAAGAACAUCAGUCGAAAUUCCGAUAGAUUUGUCUCUAUGAAGGUUGAUUUCGUCAGACUAAAAAGUUACAGGAACGACCAGUCCAUGGGCGAGAUGCAGAUAAUUGGAGGCGCUGAUCUUUCAACACUGGCUGGAAAGAAUGUCCUCAUUGUUGAGGAUGUUGUCGGAACUGGGAGGACCAUGAAAGCGUUGCUCAGUAGCAUAGAGAAAUACAAGCCCAACAUGAUUAAGGUAGCCAGUUUGUUGGUGAAGAGGACACCUAAAAGCGAUGGCUUUAAACCUGACUAUGCUGGAUUUGAGAUUCCAAACUUAUUUGUGGUGGGUUAUGCGUUAGAUUACAAUGAAUACUUCAGAGAUCUGAAUCACAUAUGUGUGAUCAAUGAACACGGCAAAGAAAAGUAUCGAGUCUAAAGAAGUAAAUUUUCACCAUCGAGUCUCCAGAUAACAUCCUACUUACAACUACACUCAGGAAGCCAGCAUGUAAAGUUUGUCUCCCAGGCAUCUUCAUUCAGCUGGAUUUAAAAGAAAAAAAAUUUUAAUGAGCAAGCUUUCUUUUCUGAGAUUAUAACAUAACAUAAAGAGUCCCAAAGGUUCUUAAGGAAAAGAAAGCAAUGCUUUUAUUUGACUUGUUCCAAAUUAAACACUCUGCCUUGUGACUCACGAGUUCAAUCUACCUUCACACCCUUGAGAUACACCUUCUUUUGUUUUGAUAAAGUCAUUAUGCUUGAUUACUGUACCCCCACCUAGUUACUCAAAUAUUUUUCACUUUACUUUUUCUUUUUAAUACUUUACUUUGGUAACAUUUCGCAGUCUUAAAGCCUGGAAGCCUAAAAAGUGAACCUCUGAGCACAUAUACUGGAAAUGCAACUAGAUUCCCAUACUAAUAAAGGAGGGAAAGAACAGUUUAAUAUAAAUUUCUGUUUGCGCACUUCUGACAGCCAUUAUUAUCUGCUUUGACAAAGUCUCUCUGAACAGCAGCGUACAGUGAAUCUUAAUGAUGUUAUGAAAUGGGCCUUCGCCCAGUGCUCUUGAUUGGAGCUUCCGGUAUGUGAUAACGGUAUGUCAUGUAUGCUUGGAGGUACUCAACUGUGUUUAAUACUCUGAAUUUUAAUUAGGAAAAACACAAUGGCAGCAAGGCCCUGGUUUCUAAGCGGCAUCCUUUUAUUCAUGCAGGACAUGAGCAAACAGCAAAAUUGUCGGGGGAGGGGGAAGUGUUUUCAGUGCUCAGAACUGAGCAAGUAUAAAUUUUUCCUGUGUUUCCAUCAGAGGGCAAGACACUAUUAUGUGUUAUCCUAAAGAAGAGUACAGAGGUUGAAUUAUUUUUUUAAGUGGCCUUAUGAAACUGAUCGCACAGCCCAGUGCACUAGAGAAAACUAGAAUACUUAAGAAAGUUUUUUCUGAAUAACCUUUUUUUUUCCAUUUCCACUGUUUUAUGACAGGCUUUCUAAUUUAUGGGGAUUUUAAUUGAAAAUAAACUUGAGUGCCAAUAGAGCUGUUUUUUCUCACUUCCUAAAACGAGCAAAUGCAAAAUAAAUAACUAAGCAGCCUUUGUUUGGUUCUGAACUGUAUGUGGUGUAUUGUUAUCGGG